CCACCCCACACUCCACAACGAGCAGCAACAAACUAACAAACAUAGCACCUUCCUCGCCCGCCCUGCGUCCAUUGACUCCUCCUCCACCUCCAGUGCCUUCUCUUAACCAUCUUCUGUAUCUGUAUCCCCACAAAAAAUGCCACCAACACCUGUUUCGUCCGGCCCCAGGUUUCGUUAGACGGUGCGGCGGUGCCCUUCUGCUGCCGUAGCUCGAGUCCCCGUGGUCAUCUUCUCCGUGUUCUGAAAGGAAUCAUCUUGAUGAAGUAGAGGCAUAGGAGAGUGCAGAGUUUGGGUCGGGAGGGGACAGAGGAGAGGCAGGAGUCCCGGGGCUGUACGGGGGAGGACGGGAGCACACACGGGCCACCGCCGCGUUUACAGGGUGUAAGCGCAGGGCCGGCGGGCCCUGCUUGUUUCCUUUCUGGUACAGGGGCCUUCAAUGCGUGCCUAUUGAAAUCUCGCGAUCCCCUCCUUCAGAUUCGGUUCAGGUUGCUGCAGUUGGAAGCGGAAAUAGGGGAAGAGAUAGAGAUCGGUUGGGGUUGAACCAGAAGCGCAUUUCGAUCCGGAUUCGCCUCCUGUAACAAACUGCCCGAGGAGGAGGAGGAAGGUUCGUUAAUCUCUCCUCACAUCCAAGAUUUUUUCUUUUCGUUUUUCCUUCUUCCUUCUCCGUCGGCGGCUCUCUGUUUUGGUCUCUUCUCUUCUCGACGUGAUUUCGGCUCUCGGCGCUUCUCGACCGAUUCCGCUGAGAAGGCAAGAGCCACAGAAGGAUACGUUGCUGUCAGUUCUAGGCCAACCUUUACAAGUUUGAGGGGUUGCUCCACCUCGUAUACAGCUUCCUGCAAGAAAAUUGCAAACAAAUGGGUCGAGGAAUCGUAACGACGAUUCCUGGCCUGAGGUCUCUCCGUGUGAUCUUCUUCAUCUCCGAGUUCUACUUCAACAUGUGCUCCAUGCUGAUCCAGGCUUCCAAAGUCGGCAUCUGAUCUCGCUUCUCACCGAGUGUCUUGGUCUCCUUAGCACCAGCAGAAUGGACAACAAGGAGACCUCGUGGGUUCGGAGGACAAAGUUCUCUCACAGGGUCUACACCAGGGCUGCUUUGAAUGGGUUGCCUGUUGCGCCGCUUGGCAGGGAGCUGGAGGAGCGACUUCAGAAAUAUGUGACUAUGAAGAAGUCUGUGUCGAUGCCCCUUGAUCGGGACAAGGAGGAAACAGUGGCUACACUGAAACACACAGCUAGCUUGCCUUCAUUGAAACACACAGCUAGCUUGUCUUCACUUGGAUCAUUGCUUCAGCCUAAUAAGGAGAAGCAUAACAAGCAGAAGGUGAAUUUGGAGAUCCCUCUAAGCCCUCCGGCGAACUCUCAGAAAUCCAAUGGCCCAAAGGCAAGGAGCCUUGCCAAGAGCUCGAGCUCGAUGAUGCUCCUCAGCUACUUAAACAAGGCACAAAUCAAUCAAAAUCAAGUCUCCAGCGUACAAAAGGCUAAUGGAUCCCAGCACAGGCCGAGAUCAAAGUCUCCUCUGCCCAGCGUAUUGCCUUCGGAAUUAUUCAGGGAAGCAAGAGCUGGAAGCCAGAGGUUCACAAGUCCUCCCCCAGAACGAGUAGGAUCUGAAAAGAGUGUCUAUGGCAAAUCGUUGGGUAGGGAUCCAAGCGCUAAUUGGCGUUCGACUCGUCUAGUCUCUGCUAAGCACAAGUCUCGGAAGGGUGGUGGAAGGAGGGUUAGUGCAGUAGAUAGUGUGAGGGGUCGUACAGUUAGCAUGGCUCAGGAGGUGCAAACAACGGUUGAUUGGACACUCGAUCCGGCCAAGAUGCUUGUUCGUAAGGAUAAGUUUGCUUCUGGUGUAUACAGCCGAUUAUACAAAGGAGUCUAUGAUGAACAGCCAGUUGCCAUCAAGUUUAUACGCAUUCCUAAAAAUGAUGACAAUGGAAAGUUGGCUACAAUGCUUGCUAGACAGUAUAACACUGAGAUCAAUGCAUUAUCCCACUUGUAUCAUAAAAAUGUGAUAAAGCUUGUAGCAGCUUAUAAAUGCCCACCGGUUUUUUACAUUCUCACUGAGUUCCUUCCUGGAGGUUCCCUGAGGUCAUACCUACACAGCAUUGAGCACCAUCCCAUCCCUCUAGAGAAGACAAUAUCUAUCGCUCUCGAUGUUGCCCGUGGGUUGGAGUACAUUCACUCUCAGGGGAUCGUCCAUCGUGACAUUAAGCCUGAGAACAUACUGUUUGAUGAGAACUUCGUUGUGAAGAUCGCUGAUUUCGGCAUUGCUUGCGAGGAGACUUUAUGUGAUUUGCUAGUGGAGGAUGCGGGUACAUACCGUUGGAUGGCCCCUGAGAUGAUCAAGGGCACUGCAUAUAACCGGAAGGUGGAUGUAUACAGCUUCGGGCUGCUCUUGUGGGAAAUGGUGACAGGAAGGAUUCCUUAUGAGAACUUGAACCCUAUGCAGGUGGCUUAUACCGUUCUACACAAUAAGACGAAGCCAACCAUGCCCGCAGAUUGCCCAAUGGCAGCUCUAGCACCCUUGAUUGAGGAGUGCUGCGCAUAUCAGCCCGACAAGAGGCCAGAUUUCUGGCAAAUUGUCAAAAUCCUGGAGAAGUGCCAGUCUGUUCUCUCGCAAGGCGGCCGCCUGGACGCGCUGAAGUGGAGCACCUGCCCUGACCAAAAGAAGGGGCUGAAGCACUGGAUUCAGAAACUGAAACCAUCACACAGCCCCUGAGCUGAGUUGUUGUAGCAUCUUUCCGACUAUUGUUUUAUCUGGUUGGGUAUGCUCACUAGUCUAGCAUAAAGAUGGUAGUAUCGUUUUCGUUUUGUGUUUUGAACCUAUAUUCUAGGAUUGUUUGAGAUGUUAAUUAGGGGUGAUUCUACAGUUAGCUUUUACGUAGCUGUAUACUAUCAACUUAGUUCCCUUGUUCGCUUUUACUUCAUAUAUAUGUUAUUUCCAGCUGCGGUGCAGAUUAUUCA